GCAGAGCAGCUCUCUCUGGAUUUUCAUUAGCAUUUCAGGCAGUGAUCUUCAUUUGUAAAACUAUUGACAAGAUUUUAAUUGGUGGUCUUGGUUUUUACAUUUAAUCUGGCUUAGAGAUAUUUUAAAUUCUGUUUUGCUACAUUUGAUAAGGGCAGAACCUUAAAAAGGGAAAAGUACUUGAGGAGAGAAGACACUCGGUUAGAGAGAAAAGAGAGGCUUCCUGGACUCCAGCUGUCUGCUUAAAGGGAACUGUGACAUAUGCAGAGGACCUUAUAACAAUGCUUGACACUGAAAACCUUCAUUAAAGAAGUGAAUCUUCCAGCCCCACAGAGAGCUGCCUUUCAACUGGAAGAAGGGUGUGUCCCUAAGCUUUUACCUGGGAGCAAUGAUGAUCUUGUCAAGCAUUUCAGUGAGACCAGCCCAAGUUUUUAGGGUGGGGAUCUAGACUGGUUAUACGUACCUUCAGUUCUUCUCCCAGAGAAGGCAGAAACACCUCAAAGCCUGCAUGUAAGAACAUCUACUGAGAAAUUAUUUUAAUCAGACACCAGCUGAGUGGGGGAAAGAAAAAGAACAGAGAAGAACAAACGAAACUCCCUUGGUCUUGGAUGUAAGAGAACCCAGCUGCAAUGGACUGGCACUUUGUUAGAACAGCUGCAGUGCUGUUCAUUUUUCUGGUGGUGGUGGAAGUUAACAGUGAAUUUCGAAUCCAGGUAAGAGAUUACAACACCAAAAAUGGCACCAUCAAGUGGCAUUCAAUCAGGAGGCAAAAACGUGAAUGGAUCAAGUUCGCUGCAGCCUGUCGUGAAGGUGAAGACAAUUCAAAGAGGAACCCAAUUGCCAAAAUUCACUCAGAUUGUGCUGCAAACCAGCAAGUUACAUACCGUAUCUCUGGAGUAGGAAUUGAUCAGCCACCUUAUGGAAUCUUCAUUAUUAAUCAAAAAACUGGUGAAAUUAAUAUAACAUCCAUAGUUGAUCGAGAGGUCACCCCUUUUUUCAUUAUCUAUUGCCGGGCUCUGAAUUCCUUGGGUCAAGAUUUAGAGAGGCCUCUCGAGCUCAGAGUCAGGGUUUUGGAUAUAAAUGACAACCCUCCAGUAUUUUCUAUGUCUACUUUUCUGGGACAAAUAGAAGAAAAUUCUAAUGCAAAUACACUGGUGAUGAGACUCAAUGCUACUGAUGCAGAUGAACCAAAUAAUUUGAACUCAAAAAUAGCCUUCAAGAUCAUAAGACAGGAACCUUCUGAUUCACCAAUGUUUAUUAUCAACAGAAACACUGGAGAAAUUCGAACAAUGAAUAAUUUUCUAGACAGAGAGCAAUACAGCCAGUAUUCCCUUGCUGUGAGAGGCUCAGACCGAGACGGUGGGGCAGAUGGCAUGUCAGCAGAGUGUGAAUGCAACAUUAAAAUCCUUGACGUUAAUGAUAACAUCCCAUACAUGGAACAGUCUUCAUAUUCUGCUAGUAUUGAAGAAAAUGCUCUACAUUCAAAUUUGGCCCAGAUUAGAGUAAUUGACUUGGACGAAGAGUACUCAGCUAACUGGAUAGCAGUCAUUUUCUUUAUCUCUGGAAAUGAAGGAGGUUGGUUUGACAUAGAAAUGAAUGAAAGAACAAAUGUGGGAAUUUUAAAGGUUGUUAAGCCCCUAGAUUAUGAAGAUAUGAAGAAUCUGCAACUUAGUAUUGGUGUCAGAAAUAAAGCUGAAUUUCAUCAUUCAGUUAUGUCUCAAUACAAACUCACAGCAACCGCCAUCUCUGUGACUGUGUUAAAUGUAAUUGAAGGCGCAGUGUUCCGUCCAGGUUCAAAGACAUAUGUAGUGACUAGCAACAUGGGACAAAAUUAUAAAGUGGGAGACUUUAUAGCUACUGACCUUGACACAGGUGUAGCUUCAACAACUGUUAGAUAUGUAAUGGGAAAUAAUCCUGCUAACCUACUUGAUAUUGACUCAAGAACAGGCAUAAUUACUUUGAGAAAUGCAGUUACCAUGGAACAAUAUAAAAUGCUUGGGGGGAAAUACCAAGGAACAAUUCUAUCUAUAGAUGAUACUCUUCAAAGAACUUGUACUGGAACAAUUAAUAUUAACCUCGAUGGUUCCGGCUGGAAAGAGGAUAAAAGUAAUCAGGGAACCACUACUGAAGACAGUGGAAAUGACGGCGGUGGAAGUGCCACUGGAGGUGCCACCGGAGGUGACACCGGAGGUGACACCGGAGGUGACACCAGUACUAACACAGCCGACAAAACUUCCACUGAUUACGGCGGUGGUACCAAUACAGACAGCAACACCUAUGACCAAACAGGUGGUGGUUACCAGAGAAAUCCCUUAGAUAAUGUCCAUUUUGGUCCUGCUGGCAUUGGACUACUCAUCAUGGGAUUCUUGGUCCUAGGAUUGGUCCCGUUUUUGUUGAUCUGUUGUGACUGCGGUGGCGCCCCUCGUGGGGGCGCUGGCUUUGAGCCUGUCCCCGAAUGUUCAGAUGGAGCAAUUCACUCAUGGGCAGUAGAAGGACCACAACCGCCUCCCAUAAGUGGACCCACUGUCUGUGUACCACCGGUACUACCUAGUAAUGGAAAUUUGAUUGAAUGCAUUGACACCUCAGGGGUUUACACAAAUGAGUAUGGCGGCAGAGAAAUGCAAGAUCUAGGAGGAGGAGAAAGAACAACAGGAUUUGAACUAACAGAAGGAGUUAAAACACCAGGAGUACCUGAGAUAUGUCAAGAAUAUUCUGGAACAUUAAGAAGAAAUUCUAUGAGAGAAUGUAGAGAAGGAGGUCUGAAUAUGAACUUCAUGGAAAGUUACUUCUGUCAGAAAGCAUAUGCUUAUGCAGAUGAAGAUGAAGGACGCCCAUCCAAUGACUGUUUGCUCAUAUAUGAUAUUGAAGGUGUAGGUUCCCCUGCUGGCUCCGUGGGCUGCUGUAGCUUCAUUGGAGAAGACGUGGACGAUAGCUUUUUGGACACACUGGGGCCUAAAUUUAAGAAGCUGGCAGAUAUCAGCCUGGGAAAAGAAGCUGAAACAUAUCCAGACCCUGAUCCGUCUUGGCCACCUGAGAGCACCGAACCGAUCUGCCCUCAGCAGGGAACAGAGCCCGUCAUUGGUGGACACCCACCCAUCUCCCCACAUUUCGGCACUACAACUGUCAUCUCUGAGAGCACCUACCCCUCAGGACCUGGUGUACAGCAUCCUAUGCCUAUUCCUGAUCCUCUGGGCUAUGGUAAUGUCACUGUGACAGAAUCUUACACCACCUCUGGCACUCUGAAGCCCUCUGUCCAUGUUCAUGAUAACCGACAUGCAGCAAACGUAGUGGUGACCGAGAGGGUGGUUGGCCCAAUCUCUGGCACUGAUCUGCAUGGAAUGUUAGAGAUGCCUGACUUGAGAGAUGGGUCAAAUGUUAUAGUGACAGAAAGGGUAAUAGCACCAAGUUCAAGUCUACCCACCUCUUUGCCCAUGCCUGAUCCUAGAGAGUCAUCAAAUGUGGUAGUGACAGAAAGAGUCAUCCGACCGGUUUCUGGCAUGAUGGGCAAUCUAAGUAUACACCCUGAGUUAUCAAAUGCCCAAAAUGUGAUUGUGACAGAGAGGGUUGUUUCCGGCUCUGGCAUAAGCGGAAUCAGUGGCCCCGCUGGGAUAAGUGGAGGCAGUGGCCUGGUUGGCAGUGCAGCUGGAGUAAGUGGCAGUGGCAUUGGGCAGAGCAGCCUGGGAGGAGGUGGGGGCCUGGGUAGCAGCAUGGGGGGGACAGCCACCAUUGGCCACAUGAGGAGCUCCUCUGACCAUCACUUUAGCCAGACCCUUGGAUCUGCCUCCCCUAGUACAGCCCGAAGUCGAAUCACAAAAUACAGUACAGUACAAUAUACGAAGUAGCCAGGAUCCCAGCGCACUUGUUCUCAGUAAUGGUGAUUCAGAUCCAGUUCCCACCACCAAAAAACUAACGAUGUGAUUUGUGAUGCACAACUAGGUGCUAAGAAACCGUGGAGCAAAGUGAGAAACCACAAUGGGGAAAAUAGAUGGAAACAGUGCUGUUGGGCAAGAGCUCUCCUGAGCAUUUGUAAACUUUUUUCUUACAUUAAUACUAAUGGGAUCGCGACAGUGAACUAAAACUUGAGACAGCAUCUUCUUUGUGCCUAUAUGGCCUGUAGGGUCUUCCUUCCUUCUGUGUGGCCUGUCAUGUAUCUCUAGCACAUGGAAUAAAUUAAGCUGAGUCACGCAAAGCACUGGCCUUAAGACGGCAAUUGUCACAAUUCUCCUUGCCCUGUUUUGACUUGCCAUGUAGCUCAGGCAAUAUUGAAAAAGGACUAAACACGCAAUAUGUGCUCAUGUAUGUAGGAAGAAUUUGAAAUACGUGCCAGGCACCCUGUCAAUUUCACAGAUAACAGAAAUAAAAAUCCAACCAUACAUUCAGACCAUGAUUAACCGUUAAAGAAAAAAGUCUGACUACACAACCAAAUUCACAAGCCACCAAGCUUAAUAACUGCACUAGAUAAAAUAAACCUCAUAUUAGGAAACGUUUCCUGGGAGGAAAUUUCCGUAAGAGAAACCUUACUUCCGUAAGGCAACGGGGUAAGAUUCGUUUAGGGAAAACUGGCAAUGUCUAAACCUGAAUCUUGAGAUGGGGCUUCAGCUGAAAUUCCCAUGGAGACAAGUUUUCUGACUCUAGUUUGUGUUUAGUGGAAGGUGCAAGAUUUACAAAUAUUGCAUGCUGGUGAGGUUGCAGGAUAUCGCACUCCUUCUUAUAACUGUGGCUGACCUAAAACUUGCCGAGUGUACUUCUCUGACCAAAGCAAGUAACACCUGACAUGGUUGUCAUCCUUAGUGGUAAAUUGCCUUCCAAGGAAGCAGAUGGAAACCACAUUGUAUUUUCAGAUGUGUGUUUUAUAAGUGUUACUCAUCCACAUCAGCUCUUUAUUAUACAUCUCCUAAGUUAAAAUAAUUUACUUAAGCUGAGCUGUGGAAAAAAAAAAAAAAGCCUGCAGUAUGGUUAAGCUUUGGGGGAAAUUUUUUUAAGGGGAUCUAAAAGAAGUUUUUAGAACAUGUAAAAUGUUUAAUGGGAAAAGUUAGAAUUGUUGCAUAAAAGUAACACCACUAAUAGUUUUAAUUUACUUUUUUAAAUAACCCUCUGCUGCUAUUUUGAAGGGGUCAAUUAAAAACUUUUAACAGAGUUGAUGAUAUUGUGUUAAUACAAAUGAAAUUGUUCUCAACCACCCCAUUUCGUUCGUCUAUCUCACUCCCUAACUAAAUGUUCUCACUAGAGUAAAUGUUAUAUCCCUGAUUUGAUUUGUCAAUAAGCUCUUGGUUGAUAUAUGCUCCAGUUUAUAGGUAGUUCCCAAAUUAUGCAGUAUGAUAUAUUUUUCUAGCUUCAAAAUUUAAUAAUGUAUUAUUUAUGGUAUGUCAUUUCUACAUGUUUGCUAUAUAGUAUUACCUGGUUUAAAAAUCUCUAAAUAGAAUCAAAGCAUUCUUAGACAGGGGUAAAUUUACUGUAGCAAGUUAGAGGAAUUUUUUUCUCUUUUCUAAAUUCAGUGUUAAUGUGAGCUCACUAAAGUGAAACUUAUGACAACAUUUUUUAAGGAUCAUUCCCACCAAUGACCCAAAUUUCUCAGGGUAUUACAAGAUCAAAGAACAGUCACUCAACUUCCAACACUUGUCAAAGGGGGCGAGGGAGUGAACUAUUUUAUUAGAGCUAUUUUUCUCAGUGUUAUAGCAGAUGGUGUCAAUACUUUCAAAGCCAAAAGAUACAUCCUAUUCCAUAUGUAGACUAUGUGAAAUGUUGAUAAUGUGUAGCAUGCCCAAAUACAGAGGUGUAAAUAAAGUCAUUCACAGGGACUCUUCUUUUAUUUCUUUCUCCCAUGUGGGGGGGUCUUCCAUUAAUGAUGGAAUCUUUCCAGAAAUAAAGUCAAAAGGCAUUUAUUGAGAUAAGCUGGGUCCAGGAGUUUGAAGGAAAAUAAUUACUAGUUAUUAGUUAAUUAAUAAAAAAAGAAUCAAUAAAAAAGAAUUUGAUUUGACAUAUCAUCAGAAGUGUUUUUAAAGAUUCCUGAUAUCUUCCAACAAAGUUUUUUAGGUUGUCUAACGAAUGCUAGAUUGACCAUCUUUAAUAACUGUUGUUAUUAAGAUCCAUUAGUUACAUAAAGCCAUGGGAGAUAUAAAAAAUGACAGUAUUAGUUGUCGAUCUUUCUAGGAAGCCACUUUCAAAUAAAUUUUUUUCAGGAUUACACACUGAUGUUCUAACUCUUCAUUCUUAAGUCUUAAAAUUAUCUUUUUAAAGAUACCAUUCUAACAAUCAUUUAAAGGCACGUCAUUUUUUCAAUAAAGAACCUUGGGGGAGAAAUUAGUUCUACUCUGUACAUGCUUUACUCUAACUCAUGGACCAUAGGUCAUUCUACAGACCUAAGAUAUGGAAGUUAUUUUAUAAGUGAAUCGUUAUAAUUCAAAUCUAUAUUGCAAGCUGAAUACCAGAUCAACAUGCUCUCAACAAAAGAGAAAAGGAAGAAGCAGCAAUUUAGAGAUUAUGUGUAUAUAAUUUGAAAACAGUGUGUUUAAUGUUUAUAAAACAUCUGACUUUCUAAAGAGGUGGUACUUAGGGUCAAAAAUUAUUGGAUCAUAAAUACUUUAUAAUAUAAUAUCAACCGAAACGCCAUCUUUAGCUAAUUUUGACACUGAAUCCCAGUUAUCUGCUAUAUAUUAUUAGCUUCUAUGUAUAUUACCUGAUGUAAUUGUAUACACACGAAAAAUUUACGGAAAAAUUAUCUAUUUGGGGAGACUUUUAGGCCUUCAUCUGGACAUCUAUUCUACAUUUGCAUAUAGUUUUUAGCCUUAUAAUCUCCACUCAAUGUAGUUCCUUGACAGAAUUUUAACUAUAUAGCUCCAAAACGUACAUAUUCACACUCCAACUGGAUGUUUUUAGUUACAUACCCAAUUACUUUCUGAAUUUAUACCAACCUCUGAAUGUCAACCAGGGUGUAACACAUAUGAUACCCUUUGACUUGGGUAAAGGUUUUAUAAUCAUUGGCUAAAAUAGUCAUAGCUGUAUAAGAAAGACACUUGAAACCCAAAACAAACUUUUAGAAGUAUUAGCCACGUUUUCCCAUGCCCAUUUAAUAAAUUGCAACCUUUUGUAAGAUUUCUGGUAUUUUUAAGACUUACUUCACUUUGCACUGCAGUACACAGUCCACAGAGAUUACUGGCCCCCAUUAAAUAGAAUCCGCCUUCCAGUUCUAGAUUGUUCAAUUUAUGUUAGGACAAACGCAUGAAUGUAUCAACCUAUUAUCCAUCAAAGAAUUUUAAAACAAGGAAUAUUCUACUGUUUGUCUAUAUUCCUUCCAUUUGAUUAUAUUUGAAUUACUAAACACUUUAUCAUCAAGCUGUACCUAGUCUAACUUAUUUUUCUUUUGCUAUUUUACAAGUAUUUUUAAACUCUAAUAUUCAUCUUUGGUGAUGUUUAAAACAAGGUGCUUUCAGGUUUCAAUAUAAAAGUUCUUGGUUUAUUUUGGUGCUAGUUCCUUGCUUGGUCCUCCGUUGGCUAUUACAAGUCGGUUUGUAAUUUCCAAAGACAUAUUUACAGCAAUAAAAUGAUUGGUAUGCCUCCA